UUUAAAGGUUAUCAGAACAGAUAGUCUUGUUCUUAACACCAAUCUAAUGUAUGAGAAAGAACAAUAAUAUUUAACUCUUCACAAUGUAACUUGUUGCUGACGACUUAAACCAACUUCAGUCAUGGGCCUGUCAAUUGUAAACACAACAAUUAUGGAGAGAAGGAAGUUUUACUCAAGCAUGAGUUGUUAGUGAUUCGGCAUAAAUAUCUAGGACAUACAGCAGUAUUUUAUUAUUCCCAAUUUUGACAAACAGAAUGAAGAUGGUGGUAUAUACUGUGGACAUGUGUAAGGAAACUCAGAUAUUGAAACAAGGAUGUGUUUUAAUGACAGGAUAACAUUACCAUUAUCAUAUUUUGAAAAAAAAUUAACAUGUGAAUUAUAUAUUAUUAAAUAAGACAGAUUUAAGUAUGAAUAAAGUAUUAGAAAAAACAAGAUUUGCAUUUUAACUGGAAUGUAAUUUAAUUAGACAGCUUGAAGUAGUUAGGAUAAAAAAAAUCCAGUUGUUAUGACAUUUUACAAAGUCAUGAGGAAAAUGUUUGCCAAAAAGAAGAAAAAUAAACUUCGAAGAAGUGUGUAUUUUAUGGAUGAAUUAAUCAAAGACUUGUCUAUUGCUCAUUGUUGUUGCCAGCUGUACUUCCUCAAACCCAACUUCAAUCUUGAUAAAUACGGAGCGGUCAAGGAAGUGUUUUCCUCUGGCGAUCUGGAACUUUUAUCCAUGAAACAGUGCACUGUUCAUUUGUGUGUGGUUCGCAAUGGGGUUGAUGAAACAAAUUUCACUUUGGAGGGAACUGCGCAAUCCAAUGAGUUGUGCAUGUGGGUGAAACUGAAUUCUUUGCAAGAAGGCCUGAUCACAUACACUAUCAAAGACCACUACUUACAUGAGUGUCGACAGAAGGCUUCGAGAUUCCUCCUACAUUACGACGACAACGACGAUGACUUUGCAGAGUUUGAACAGAAACUUGUGAGCACAUUGCAACAGUCUAAGGAUCCCAAAACUAAGGAUUUGUACUUGCUGGUCGCAGUGCAGACUGCAUCAGAGAAACGUCACAGUCAUCUCAGCCAGGGUCCAGGACGGGCCAUCUCGACUCGCGAUCUCUUUGCUGAACUGGCUUCUGACCGGCCUAGGAGCAGCCCAUCUCCUAAUAUUGAGGAUACCUCGGACAAAAAGGCCACUGGAAAAGACAAAUGUGCAAAUGAUGAUAAUGCAGUCAAUUUUGGGGAAGAAAGAUCAUCUGGUACAUUUGGCGACAGUGGCCCAAAAGUAGUCCACUCUGGAAAGGAAGUCGAAUUGGAUGUGAUAAUAUCAGCUCCCUUUGAUGAUCUUUUGCCAUUUUCUCCAACAGAUGAUCCUAUAAAAAAUGAUUCCAGUAAUGAAGUGUUUAAUGAUCCGACGUGCAAGUCCGUUGAUGAACAAACUAUAGAUAAGUUGUGUGACAGUCUUCAUAUUCAUCCAAAGGAAUUACCAGAACGUCUGCAAUCCAUACUGAAAUCUAUCGAUAAAUCUAUUGAUUCGGGGGACACUUCAGUUGAGCUUCAGCCUCGAAAGAAUAUUUUUGACAAUACAUAUAUAGAUUUAAGUAAGUUUUCAGCUAAGAAAGAGGAAGAUGACAAUAACAAUGAUAAAUCAAUGGACAAAACAUAUAUGUCUAUGAGAUCAAUAAAAAGGGAACCAGAAAGAGAAAUGACAAUGGAUGAAGAUGCAAAGAAACUUAAAAAGGGUCAAGAUAUUGCGAAGCUAUUGCAGGCGGCCAUUUUGGAUCGAGAUGAAAAGUUGGCAGAGGAUUAUGCUCGUCUGCUUUGCAGGGAACGAGUCGCAGUGACUGUUGAUGUGAAGUUGAAUCUACCAGAUGAGAAAGAGAAGGAAUUUGACCUGAAGUUGUUUGUAGAGGACCGAGAAGCCACCAAGGAUGUUAGCAUUACACUUAAAGUCAAAGCCUCAGACACAAUUGGAGAUCUAAAAUUGAAGAUGCUGGUCAAGCACGGUUUUCCCACAGAGGUUCAGAACUGGAUCAUCGGCAAGCGAAUACGAUUGGAUAACGAGACUCUGGGGUCAUGUAAAGUGAAGGCCCCUGGCUGUGAGGCCUACCUGUAUAUAGUGUCCGCGGAGUCACGGGGUCUGAAGAAGGAAGAGUAUUUCAACAGAGACAGGCCUCAAGGCCCCAUGGGUGCAGGGGGCGCAAUGGCACAACCUGUGGGUGCCAUAUUACCGCCUAUGGGUGCAGUGGCACAGCUUGUUGGAGCUGUAGGACGACCAGUCGGUCCCAUAGCACCUGUUGGUGGAGUGGGACGGAUUGUGGCAGCCAUGGACCCAGGUGUGAAUCAGAAACCAGUCAUCAAAAAGGAGACAGUCCCACCUAGUCAACGCCCAGAGGCUGUGAUGGGAGAUAAAAUGAAUUUUCCAAAAGUGAAUCUAAACCUGAAGGAGGAUAAGAAAAAUGUGGAGAAGCUGCCAUCGCCCCUGCAACAGGGCAGGGUGGAGGCCAAGGUACAUGCCAGAGUCCAGCAGUCCUCGGACGAGAUUCGACAUGUGUUGGGGCAGGUUGCCUAUCAGAUGAAUAACAUGAAUAUUGACGAACCUAGGGGCAGGCAGCCAGUUGAAGAUGAGGAACCUGUGCAAGGUUGGUCCUGUACUGCCUGUACGUUCAUCAAUCAGCCAACGCGCCCUGGCUGCGAGUUGUGUUCGGCUCCACGACCUGCCGACUACGUGAUACCCGCAGACUAUGUGAUGACGGAGGCAGAACGGCUGAGACAGGAUGAAGAAGAAUUACUCGAGCAACAAACCAGGCAGGUUCGGCCCAUCCAGGAGAGACCAUAUGACGCCAAGUCCGAACGUGACCUAGCUAAUCUCCUUAAGUUUCACGACGCCCUCCAAGACACCCUUAAAAAUAAUAAACAUUCAGUGGGUCCAGGGAAUGUGGCUGAAAGGUCAAAUGCUCAUGGUCACGUUUUUGGCGGGGUCGAAUACCUUCCUGAUGAUGAUGACCUUCUUACUUUAUCAGUUUUGGAAGAUUCAAGCUGAAAUUAACACAUCUUAGUUGGGUUUGAGUAUAACUGGUCAAUUUUGUUGAAGCUAUUGCACAAGUCAUGUUUUUGGCAAUUUCAGUUGACUUUAAUAUAAGAACAGUGAUAUUUUUAUUAUAUUAUUGAUAGAAUUCAGUAGAAUUGUUGUGUUUUAUUUGUCAAGCCUGUCUGUAUAUGUCGCUUUAUGCAAGAUUGUUUGGAAUAAUUUUCAAUAAAAGUUUACCAUGUGGAGGCAGAUUUUCAGAUGCAUUCCGGUCUGAGUUGCUCAAAAGACAAGACCACAUUUAAAGGUUAAAUAUGGCCGUUGAACAGCUUAUUGGGACUUUUGUCGGUUGUUAUAAAAUAUUGAAAUAAUUUAAUACAAAGAAUCACCAUGUGGAAACAGCAUUGCAGACUAGGCUUCUGACUAGGUCAAAGGUCAAGGUAAAAUUUAUAGGUCAAAGGUCAAGGUUAUAUCAAAGGUCAAAUAAAGCUUAAUCAGCUUGUUUCUUCAUCUUUUUUGUGGCAAUUUGAUAAUAACUGGCCUUAAAUGUUCAUCGUGUGGAAAUUACUUUGUCAUGCACAAAACCUCUAUCCCUAGCUCAAAUAUCAAGGUCUCACUUUUAGGUCAAAGAGAUCUUAUAUGGACAUGAUGCUUCUUGAUCUAACAUUAACUUCAUUAUUCUUUGGGUAAAUUAACAUAACUUGCCAAAUGGUUUUUAAAUAAGGAGACAUCAUGGUAUUCCGUGAAUGCUCAAAACAUUAUGUUUUUAUAAUUCAUCCAUCAAUUUUUAUGCUCCCCCAAAAUUUAUUUUGAGGGGAGCAUAUAGUCGCCGCCUUGUCCGUCCGUGUUUCUGUUCAUGCACAAUUUUUGUCGGGGCUAUUUCUCAGCAACUAAUGACCGGAAUUCAAUGAAACUUUAUGGGAAGCUUCACUACCAAGAGGAGAUGUUCAUAUUAUCAGCGGGUUCUGGUCGGAUGAUUUUUCACAGAGUUAUGGCCCUUUGAAAUUUUCCAUUAACUACAUAUAGUGCAAUUCUUGUCCGGGCUAUUUCUCAGCAACUUAUGACCGGAAUUCAAUAAACUUUAUGGGAAGCUUCACUAUCAAGAGGAGAUGUGCAGAUUAUCAGCGGGUUCUGGUCGGAUGAUUUUUCACAGAGUUAUGGCCCUUUGAAUUUUUUUAUUAACUGUACAUAUAGUGCAAUUCUUGUCCAGGCUAUUUCACAGCAACUAAUGACUGGAAUUCAAUGAAACUUUAUGGGAAGCUUCACUACCAAGAGGAGAUGUGCAUAUUAUCAGCGGGUUCUGGUCUGAUAAUUUUUCACAGAGUUAUGGCCCUUUGAAAUUUUCUAAAAAAAAUUCUUGUCCCCCCAACUACUGUGCCCUGAAGACGUUUCCUUUUAUCUGAAUAUAUAGUGCAAUAUUGUGACCAAAAAAAACUUUGGGGAGCAUCACCCAUCUCCGAAGGUUUCUUGUUAUAAUUUGCUUGGCAACUGGCUGCCAUUUCACAUUUAGAUAUUUUUAACUUACUAAAUUAAAGUGAUCUGCAUGAUAUGACAUAAUUUCAUGCACAAGAACCAUCUCCUUUUCCACAGUCAAUGCUGCUAUUGAAGAUCAAAGUUAAAACAAGAAAAUUCAUGGGGGGCUUUGUCCAAUAUUUACAUUAUAAAACUGUAUUGACAAUUGUAUCUUUGUGACAAUGCACUCUUGAUAAAUAGCAUUUCAAUUAACAAGGACAUUGACAUUUUUCUAGUGACUGUUAUGUGCAGCUAUUUGAGAUUAUGUCAUUUUUCACAGUAAUUCAAUUUAAGUAAAUUUAUUCAAUGAGACAUUAAGGAAAUCACUAAGUUAAUGUUUGAUAUUGUAUGUUUCUUUAUGUGGUCUUUCAUUUUUAAUAAACUUGAAUUAGAAAUUACAUUAAGGCCUUGUUGUUCACAGUGUUGAAUUAUUUCUUGGUUCCUUUGAGCAUUAAUCUGUUGCCCAUGAAAGUUUCUUAACUAUAAAGUUAUUGAUGAAACUUUAAUAACAUUUUAUAAAAAUUGCUUUUUAUGUUGCAUUAAUGUGUCUUUGUUUUCCCUGUUGAGAUGUUAAAUGACAAAUGAAAGUCUUAAAACAAAUUGCCUCAAGAAAUGAAUUUUCUACACAUUACUUAUAAAAUGCAGACUGUUUAUGCUUGCAUACCAGUAUUGCUAUGAGCUUUGUUCAAUGUCCUAUAUUGUAUUUUUCCGAUUUACAAUGAAGUCUGUGAUGCUUUAAAGUAUUUUGUGGUAAUCCGGUUCAUGAUUCAAUGUUUUGUAAAGCUUAGAAAUAAAACAAAGUACAUGGGA